AUGUUGACUUGGAUGAAGCAACAGGAUCCUGAGUUUUUCUCUGAUAUUAGCAGUUUUCUAGAUUCAAUCAUGACGUUACUAGAUCCGUUGGUUGAUAAUGCUCCUAGGGAUAUGUCUUAUGGAAUUUCAGAUUCCUCAUGUACUUCUCCAGUUACCCAUGUUCCUAUAAGUGAGGGUUUUGUGUGCUUCUUCGGCCGCAAUUCCACUCCGAAUGCAUCAGAGGUGGAGAGUUUUCCAUGGGCAAUUCAGAACACGAAUCUCCACUUCUUGAUUAACAGUACUUCUCCUAACUCUCUUGUUCAUUGUCUCCAACUAAGUGUAAUAGUAUCUAGACAACAUGGAUGGAAUUCGACAUCUCCAUUGGAUUUGAGUGACGACAGUCAUGAUUGCCAUGACACUGAGUUGGAACGGGAUUCCAAAACACCACCACCAUUUCUGAUACCACCAUCAUCACUGCCACCACCACCAUUGACGCUGGGAAUUGACGUAAAGCAUAGGGGACACAAUGAUGGAGUCCAAAAGGAUCUCUUGGCAGAAAACGACUAUGUUUAA